AUGGCUGCUGUUUCCGUCGUGUCCACGUUGGCCACCCGGCUGCUCCGGCCCGCGCAGAGCUGCCGCCUCCGUCAUCGCCCCUUCCACGUCUCGGUAGUUCGAAAUGAAGCCGUUGUCAUUUCUGGAAGGAAGCUGGCCCAGCAGAUCAAGCGGGAAGUGUGGCAGGAGGUGGAAGAAUGGGUGGCUUCGGGCAACAAGCGGCCGCACCUGAGUGUGGUUCUGGUGGGCGAGAAUCCUGCAAGUCACUCCUACGUCCUCAACAAAACCCGGGCCGCUGCAGAAGUGGGAAUCAACAGUGAGACAAUUGUGAAACCAGCUUCAAUUUCAGAGGAAGAACUGUUGAAUUUAAUCAAUAAACUAAAUAAUGAUGAUAAUGUAGAUGGCCUCCUUGUUCAGCUGCCUCUUCCAGAGCACAUCGAUGAGCGAAAGAUCUGCAACGCUGUUUCCCCAGACAAGGAUGUUGAUGGCUUUCAUGUCAUUAACGUAGGGCGAAUGUGUCUGGACCAGUACUCCAUGUUACCGGCUACCCCGUGGGGUGUCUGGGAAAUAAUUAAGCGAACUGGCAUUCCAACCCUAGGGAAGAAUGUGGUUGUGGCUGGGAGGUCAAAAAAUGUUGGAAUGCCCAUUGCCAUGCUGCUCCACACAGAUGGGGCGCACGAACGUCCUGGAGGUGACGCCACUGUGACAAUAUCUCAUCGAUACACCCCCAAAGAGCAACUGAAGAAGCACACGGUUCUUGCAGACAUUGUGGUCUCUGCUGCAGGCAUUCCAAAUCUGAUCACAGCAGAUAUGAUCAAGGAGGGAGCUGCAGUCAUCGAUGUGGGAAUAAAUAGAGUUCAAGAUCCCAUCACUGCUAAACCCAAGUUAGUUGGAGAUGUGGACUUUGAAGGAGUCAAAAAGAAAGCCGGUUACAUCACUCCAGUCCCUGGGGGUGUUGGUCCCAUGACAGUGGCAAUGCUGAUGAAGAAUACCAUUAUUGCCGCAAAAAAGGUGCUGAGGCUUGAAGAGCGGGAAGUAUUGAAGCCUAAGGAGCGUGGAGUAGCAACCAAUUAACUGUUGUGUCUUCUGUCACGAACACCACUCCA